CAGGGUCGGCCCGGACGCUUCAAACCGCUUUUCAGCAGCCACCGUGCCGCGUCCCGCCCGCCGCCACCAUGAAGUACCUCAUCCUCCUCGCCGUCCUGGCCGCCGCGUGCUGCACGGCGCACGCGAAGGCUGGCAAACUCCCCUCCAGCUGGAAGGUGUGCAAGAGGAGCGACCCCCAGUUCCAGGAGUGCUUCAAGGACGCCAUGACCGGAGCCCUCAUGAAGCUCGCCUCUGAGGGUGAGCCGUCGCUCGGCAUCUUCCCCGUGGACCCCCUCCACAUGACCAGGCUGUCCAUCGACCAGGGCACCGGGCCCGUCGCCAUCGACCUGGAGUUCCGCGAGCUGGACCUGAAGGGCGUCAAGAACAUCGUCAUCAAAGAGGCCAGCUACGACCACGAGACCUACACCAUGUCUGCCAACGUGGACGUGUCCCAGCCCCUGCUCCUGGACGGCGAGUACACCAUCAAGGGCCGCGUCCUGGUGCUGCCCAUCAACGGCGAGGGCAAAUGCAACCUCAAGCUGGAUGAGCCCACCCUGAAGGUGGUCCUGAAGGGCGUGCCCACGAAGCGCGGCGCCGAGACCUACCUGAACGUGACGGAGUUCUCCUUCACCAUCGACACCAAGAAGCUUCACCUCAACUUCGAGAACCUGUUCAACGGCAACAAGGAGCUCGGCUCCACCAUGAACCACUUCCUCAACGAGAACUCCGCCGAGGUGCUGAAGGAGCUCAAGCCGGCCAUCUCGGAUGGCUUCGGCGAGGUGUUCAAGCAGAUCUCCAACAGAGUCUUCUCCAAGGUUCCCCUGGAAAAGAUCUUCCCUGAAUAGAGUGACGUGUUUCAUUUUUAGUUUGGAUGAUUAUGGAAGACAAUCUUUCCACAACUAUAAGAAACUGCUGUGAUGUUACUAUUGUAUUAUGAAGUAUUUAGAUUGCCUGUAUGGGUAGGCAACAUCUUACAUGUUUUUCCGAGUACCUUUAAGUGUGUAUGUGUGUGUGUGUGUGUGAAAGAGUACGUGCGUAAUUUAUAGUUAGAUAGUUCAGUGUUACCGAUGUAGUCACAGUAUUGACAUUUUUGUUAAUUUCGACUGAAAUCAGAAAUUCGAGAGCUGGAAAUCGUGCAAAAGCGGGAUUAAAGUGUGUUAUAUGUUAA